GUUUGUUCCUUACAAUCAACAACUGCACUUAACUCAAAAUGUUCAAAAUCCUGUUGAUCUGCGCAGUUAUUGGCCUGGCCGCCGCUGUGGAGUCUGAAGCGAAUGCAGAAACUCUUGAACGCAAGGACGAUGUGCGCCCAGAUGGUUUCAAUACUCUCCUGAAGACCUCCAAUGGCAUUGAACAAGCUCAGAGCGGUGAUGAGCACGGAAACUCUCAGGGAGACUUCAGCUGGGUCUCGCCCGAAGGUGUCCAUGUUCUGGUUAAGUAUGUGGCUGAUGAGAAUGGUUACCAGCCCCAGAGCGAUUUGCUGCCCACACCACCCCCAAUCCCAGUUGAGAUCCAGCGCGCUCUCGAAUGGAUUGCUGCCCACCCCUCAAAGCUUGAGAAAUAGGCUCUGAACAUGUUGACUCGAUCGAAUGGACCACUCCCUGAAAAAUAAUCUGUACAUUUAUUGUUUUUGCCGCAUACUCUUUUUUUAACUGAAAAAUAUAUGCAGCGAAUUGUUGAAAGCAUAUUAAAAACCGAAUGUUUUUCUAA